AUGUCGUCCACGACCUCCACACACCGCAAGGCCCUCCCCGAUCACAACGGUACCGACAUCCAUGCUAUCGACUCCGCAGCGCACGAUGAAUUGCGUCUCCAUCCCACGCAAACAGGCAUGACCAUCUCACCCGAGCUCUUCGAGAAACUCUACCUCACACCUAAAACACCCCAUUCCGGCGAUGCCAUCAAACGUUUUGCAAAUCCCACCCCCAUGGGAUUCGUAGGAUUCGUGAUAAGCACCUUCACCUUCGCCAUGGUGAACAUGGGGUGGGGCGGCGCGGACGGGCUUGCAGGAGUAGCCGGGAUAUUCUUCUUCGUUGGUCCGGUCCUGCUUAUUCUGGCAACGAUCUUCGAGUGGAUCAUGGGCAAUUUCUUCCCCAUGAUGGUUCAGUCGCUGUUCUCCGUCUUCUGGCUCAGCUUCGGCCUGUUGCAACUCCCUAGCCUUGGUCUAGCGGCGGCGUAUUCGACCACUGGCAAUGCGGCCGAGGGAGCCGCGAGCAAAGGAUAUAAUGCUACGAUAGGUCUGUAUCUGAUUGUGUGGGGCUUCGCACUCUUCACUUUCUGGAUCUUUACGCUCAAGACGAAUGUCAUCUUCGCAGUCAUCUUCGGUACAGUGACGAUGGCUGCGUGGAUCUUGGCUGGUGCGUACUUCAAAGUCGCAGCGGGUGAAUAUGUGAUGGCUGGUCAUCUGCAGAAGGCUGGCGGAGCAAUACUGUUUAUCACGGCCGCCUUCGGUUGGUACAUGACGUUCGUGAUCAUGAGCUAUGAGCUUCGUAUGCCCUUCAACCUCCCCGUCGGCGACCUGUCUCACUUCUGGCCGAGGACGGACGUGCCCAUUGGAGAUGUCGAGAAGCAGGCGUAA